AUGUGCAAAACUGUUCAUGGAAAUUUUAUUAAGUUAGGACAUCAUCAGGACCAUGAAGUACCGAAGUAUGAAGCAAUAGAUUUCUUUACCGAAGACAAUCAACGAAUAAAAAGAAGUAACUAUGACAAUCAGGAGCUGCAUGCUGAAGCAUCACCAGAACAAAUCUACCCAUCUGCUUCAGUAGAGCCGAGUGCUUUUAUACAAGACGCAUUCACAAGUAAAUUAAUAAAUUCCCUAACAUCUUCAGAUAAUGCUAUUGAAGAAAGCGUUCUAGAUGGUUUAUCUAGAAGAGACAGCAGAUUUGUUGACGAGGAUGCUCAAAGUGAGAAUAAUAAAGAUGAUCAUUUUCAAAAUGGGAAGGAAGAUAAAUCAUACACGCGGAAUUUUAAACAUCGUAAUAGUGAGGAUACCUUUUAUGACAUCAAAGAAGAGAACGAAGAUACCACGGCAGCCGACAGCAGUAACCAUCAUAAUGAUGACGAUAGCAACGAUGACGUCAAGAAUUUAGUGGAGUAUCGCCACUAUCCCAAUGAAUACUUAACCUCUGCAGAACAAGAAGAGAACGGAGAGAAUAAAAAUGCCGAAAGUGAGAAAGAUACUGAACGUGGAGUAGAAAGAAGUAUUGGAAGAAAGGCGAAGAAAUUGAAGGACGCUGUGAAGCUGGAUACAGAAAUGUUGAGAAAGCAAUUGUCAGCUAUUAAAAAUGAGGAUGACAACAUAGAAGCAAGGAUUUCUCAUAAAACCAAUAUAAGUUAUUCAAGCUCUGAUGAGCCCUUGCAUUUUUACAGCCUAUUGAAAAUUGUAACGAGUCUAAAAUUUGUAGCCCAAGUCCUUUCAAAAUUUCUAGAUGACAAAGAAGGAAGAAAAAAUGCUCAAAUUGUAAUUGAUAAUAACGCUCAACGAAGUAACGAAAAAGGUAUUGAAAACAUGACAUCAAGCAAAAAAGAUGGAAGGACAGAAGGUACAGAUGAAGAAGAAGAAGAGGAAAAGAGACAUACAAAUGAAGAAAAACGUCAAAGCAAUAAAAUUGAUGAUGACGAGGAUGAUGAGCUUGAGAAAGAAACAUCAGAAUUACUCAACAUUAAUGUUAGCGCAGAUGGAAAAAUUGUGGAGCAAAAAAAUAAACAUAAAUUUUCAAAAGAAGCUAUAUUCGAAAAGGAAAACCUGUUACCGUAUUUAAAAAUACCCCCGCGAAAUAAUACAGAUUUAUUAAUACUUAGAAAAAAUAAAACGAAUCCAGUUUCUAAUGCAGAGGCGAGGAAGUUAAUGAAUGAUAUAACAAUUUUAAAAAAUGAUCUGAGAUCUUCGUUGAUGACGUCCAAUAAAAUGAUCAGUCAAAAAAUCGAUGAUGAACUUUAUAGUAAUCUUAACCUGCGAAAGAAAUCGUUUGUUAAACUUGGAAAUAUAAUAAAUUCCUCAUUGCCACAAGCAAUGUUAUUGGAUACGAUGUCACCAAUGAAAAAGACAAUAGUACCCGCGCAUGCGCAGACGUUAGGAUACAUUCCUGCGCAUGCAAAAUCCAACGAUUUGGAAACUAGUUUGCUAAAGGAAGAACCACAGACAAGUUCUGCUUUUAAAAAAGCUUCCUUUUUUCAACUAAAAGACAAUAACCGAUACCACAUUAUUCCGAAACUUCGAAAAAAUACCAACACAAAAUCGCACGUGUUUGAAGAUUCAACUCGACAAAAUUCAUAUAAACUCAACACAACGCAAAAUCAACUCGUUAAGGACAUGUUUAAACCAGUUCAUUUUCGACUGGCAGAAAACAAAAGACUCUUGCAUAGUAAACUUGAAACGAAAUAUAAUUACCGAAAUGAAGACGCUGUCAAAAAAUCAAUAAAUAAAUACAUUUUACACGCACACACACAGAAACGCACACAUACUCACACACCACACUCAAUAAGAUUAGAAAGAGCUUACAUUCAAUCAGUUCAACAUACACAUCCCAUAUCAACACACACGAGGCGACAAAAUAUUGCAAGCAGACCACAUACAUUUACAGGAGACAAUGAAAAAGUGAGUCUGUAUAACGAAGGAUUGGAUGACAAUCCAAGUGAUGACGAUAAGACUUCCCAAUUUGUUAAUCAAUGGAGAAUUCUAUCCAACAAAAAGAGUCAUCGGAAGUUUAUACAGCCUGAUACGACAGGUAACAAGCGAGGUGAUAUUUAUGUGUCGAGAAGAGAAAAAGAGAUGAGCGAGGAAGCAAUGAACACUUUAGCAAAAGCUGCAGCAAAACCCACGACACUUCGUUUGACUAUUAAAUCUGUUGGAUGUUUCGACCCGCCCUUCCAUGGAAGCAACUGUGAUGAUACUGUAGGUUCUAUCGUCGUCAAUGGAAUAGAACUGAGUCAAAAUAAACCUGGUUUCAAUUUUGUUGUAAUCGAUUUUAAAACUGGCGAACAAGAGAAGUCAGUUUCUUUUGACACUCAUGGCGAAGCAGGUGCUUACGAAAAGUUGGAGGAGUUUAUCGGUGGCCUAGACAAUUGGAAAAUAAUAUGUGUAGCAGUUAAAGAUGAUGGGAAGAAUUAUUUACCUGACUCAGCAAUUAAAAACUUUGAAAAAAUUGGUGCCAAAGAUAUUGCGACACAAAAACUUGAAUUUCGUUCCAGUUACGCUUUUGUUGGAUUGACUGGACCAGAGAGUGCUCGUGCAAAAAUGGAUUGGAUACGUGAAGAAAACAGCAGAGCUGCUGAAGGUCCAAGUGUAAUAAGUGUCAGUAUUGUCGCAGGUUUAGAAGCUUAUCAAAUAGCUGGUGGAAAGAUGACACAGGUUAUGAAUGGAAUGUUAAAAGGUGCACAGGCUGGAGCCACAGUAGCCGGAGGGAACAUGGAAGGUUCAAACGGCGCUGGAAGCAGGGUUACAAAUGAAGGAGAGGUAGGUAAAAGCGACAGUGCAGGUGGUGCAGGUAGUGCAGGUGCUGCAGGUGCUGCAAGUGCUGCAGAUGGUACAGGAGGAUCAAGCAAUGGACUCUCCGGUGGAAUUGGUGGUGGGCUUGCUGCUAGUAAAGAAGCAGGAAAUUCCGCUGGUUCUGGUGGAGGGAGUAAUACAGGAGACAGUAUAGGCGGUGUUACAGGGGGAAAACAAAAUGGAGGUGUAAAUGCUGGAAUAGGGGAUGCUGCAGGCAGUAGCGAAGGGGGAGGGAAAGGCGGUGAUGCUGCUGUUGGAAGCACCAUUGCUGGCGGAGGUUCCGCGGGAAUAGAUGCUGGUGGAAAAACUGGUGCUGCAAUUGGUGGAGCAAGUGGGGGAAGAGCGAACAAUGGGAUAGGUGGUAGUGCAGGUGGUGGAAGAGCUGCCGGUAUAGGGGGUAAGACGGGUGGUGGUAUAGGUGAUAGUGAAAGUGGUGGCAUGUCUGGUGUUUCAGGAGGUAUUUCGGGCGGUGGUGUAGGUGGAAGCGUGAGUGGUGGUAUAUCUGGCGGUGCAGGGGAUAUUGCGAGCGGUGGGAUAAGUGGUAGUGCAGGUGGUGGUAUAACUGCUGGUGGAGGGGAAAUGGCAGGCAGCAGAAUAAGUGGUAGUGCAGGUGGUGACGUAUCUGGCGGUGUAAGUGGUAUGGGAGGAAAUGCAGCUGGUGCAGCUGGUGUAGGUGGUGCAGCUGGUGUAGGUGGUUCAGCUGGUGUAGGUGGGGCAGCUGGUAUAGGUGGUGCAGCUGGUGUAGGUGGUGCAGCUGGUGUAGGUGGUUCAGCUGGUGUAGGUGGGGCAGCUGGUAUAGGUGAUGCAGCUGGUGUAGGUGGUGAAGCUGGUGUAGGUGGUGUGGCUGGUGUGGGUGGUGCAGUUGGUGCAGGUGGUGCAGCUGGUGUAGGUGGUGCAGCUGGUGUAGGUGGUGCAGCUGGUGUAGGUGGUGCGGCUGGUGUAGGUGGUGUAGGUGGUGCAGGUGGUGUAGGUGGUGAAGCAGGUGGAGGUGGCGUAGGUGGUGCAGGUGGAGCAGCUGGUGCAGGCGGUGCAGCUGGGACAACCGGGGUAGCUGGUGCAGCUGGUGCAGGAAGUAUAUCAGGCGGUGAGAUGGGUGGAGGUAUUUCUGGUAAUGCGGGAGGUGGAGUAUCUGGUAAUACGGGGGCUGAUAUAGCUGGUGGUGCAGGCGGAGACUUAGGAGGAAGUGUUAGUGGAGGAGCAGGCGCGUUGGGAGAAGGGACAGGUGGUGGUAGGAUAGGAGGAGGCGGCGAAGCUAUGGGUAGUGCUCAAAAUAGUGGAAUGGGUGGCGGAUCAGCUGGUGCCGCAGGAGGCAUAUCCGGGGAAUUAAGUGGUGGUACAGGUGGUGGGUCUUCAAGUAGCAAUGGUGUUUCAAUUGGUCAAUUAAACGGUGCCGGUGCGAUGGGCGUGAACAGAAAUACAGCUGGUAAGAUUGGUAAUUUACGUGGCACAGGAAUAGCCCAAGGCCAAAUUAAGAAAGUAGUUCCUGGAAAAUCAGAUUUAUUAAAUUCGUUAAAACCUUCAGACAUUGUAAAACUACUUUCUCCAGUAGACCCAGUGGGUAGUCUUUUAAAUGUUGCUAAAUCUUUGGGCAUAGAUACAAAUUCGUUUGACGAUACAACGAAAGAAAAGCAGCCGGAUAAAUCCUUUGUUGAAGAAUUUAUUAAAAACACACCCAGUCCGUUAUUGAACGUAGUUAAUGAUAACGCUAUUACACGAACAGAAAAGCAAAAUACCGGUAGUUCGCCUGAUAUAACUACUCAUUCUAGUCACGAUGAUAUAUCUAAACAAGAAUCUAAAAGCGCUUCGGAUGAGGCAAAAGCAGCUUCAGUGAACACGGCCGCCGCAAAAACUGGUGCACUCUAUGGUGCUGCAAAGGCAGCUGCAGAAUCUGCUAAGGCAUAUCAUCCAGCUUCAGGGUUAGACGAUCCAUACGGAAAUAUGGGCAUGCAAGCACCAGGAACAAGUGAUGCGGAAGGAAAUUCUCCUGCUCCAUUAGAAACACCUUCAUUCAAUGGGGGCCCUUCAACUAUGGAAGCAGCUGCAGACAUGACUGGUGGAAGAAACGUGGGAGAAUCAAGGCUUGCGUCAGCAUUAAGUGCAUUAGGAAUUCCUGACGCUGGAGCAACAGGCAUAGCUUCAUUAAUGGCGUCUGGAUUUGUAGCAGCUGGAGCUAACAAUAACAAGGACGCGGCAUUGAAGUUAGGCUUAGCAUCAAAACUUGCGAAAUCUAUUGCUGAUUUAGGAGGAAGAGGGGCUGCAAGUGCGGCUGGAAUUGCUAGCUUAAACGAACUUUUAAAAGAUGGCAGAGACAUAACAGUAGCAAGGAUUGCAGACCAGCUAGGACAAGCUCUGCAACGAGUUGGUGGAGCCGGAGCAGCAGUUGGUUAUGCAGCAUUAGCUGCCGCUUUAAAGGCAGUGGGUACUAACAAGAGUCCAGGUGGAUUGAUUGGAGGAAUUAUUCUAGCACUUGCUGAACAAGGAGCAGCGCCCGGUACUGCUGGUUUGGCUGCAAUGGCCGCAGGUUUAGGUGGUAGUGGCGCUGAUGCAUUAGCAGGAGGGCUUGGGGGAAGCUUGCCUAAUGUUGUAGCUGCAACAAGGACCAAUAACUACAUGGUACCCGGCCCAAGUGGUGGGGGACUCUCAGACAGCCCAGUUCCGGCAUUUGAUGCAGGAGCCGGUGGGGGGAAUUUUCAAAUGCCCGGAAAUAUUGAUUCGCAAUAUACGGGACAAGGUCCAAUUGGUUCUUCAACGCAGGUGGGUUUGGUAAAUAGUCAAAGUGUUUCUGCAACGCAACAACCGCACGAGGUACCCGAGGUAGCUGCAUUAACUACAAAGCCUUCUAAUAACGUCAUUACACCAGACAUUAUACAGCAAGUUGUUGCUAAACUAGGUAGUAUGCAACAAAAUAAAGGACCAGAAGCUACAGCUCAAAGCAUUGAAGCUGCAGCCAACCAAGGAGCAAAUUACGCAAAUUUGGAAGCUAUGAUAGCUUCUGCAUUAGGACAUAAAGAAAAUACUCCCAUGCCAGAUGUUAUUGCCAGUUUAACAGCAAAAGAGCAUACGGAAAAUGAGAAUAAUCCUGCUCACUCUCUUCAACAUGUCGGUGAGUCAGCAGCAAGUUCAAGAACACCUGAUUCAGAUGGAAAAUUUGGUGGAGGUGAGUUGGUAAACGUUGAUGGUACUAAACCAGAGGAUAGCACGAAAUCAAACUGUGGUAAGGAACAAACUGGUUUCUCUACAAGAUGUUGGACAGAAUGCAGUAACAAAAGAGCUUUGAUUGGCCGGCUUGUGGAUGUUGAGUCUUCUGAUAAACGAGCUGUUAUAAAGGUCAAUAGUGAGGAUUGGAGCAAAGAUGAAAAUGGCUUCAAUGUUGUUGUUGUUGAUUUUAACACUGGUGAAGUGGAAGCUACUGAAACAUUUGAUACUGAAUCUGAUGGAGGAGCUGCAAAAGCAAUGACAAACUUCAUCAGAUCGCUUUCACCUGGAAAAGUUGUAUUAGGUGCUACACGUGGCAAUGCAGGGCGGUUAAUGAUUGAUGAUGCCUAUAGGGUGCUUGGUAGCACUGGAGCGAGAAGUUUGAUAGCCAAUCGAUUACGAAAGGGAGAUAAAUAUGUUUUUGUGGGAUUUAAAGGUGAAAACGUCCCGUGGGAAAAAGAUGAUCUAGUUGACAGCAAAGACAGCAUUGCACAAAUAAACAUGCCGAUUGUUGUUGGACCUGGUGCAUUAAAGAAUUCAUGCUUAUGUUUGCAAUCAUGCCAUGAGAAAGAGCGUAAAUUUGUAACUCUUGACAGAUUCAAUGUCAAUACAGAGAAGGCGUAUGCUGACAUGGGAGGAGACAUGCCAGUAGCUGCAGGAAGUUCUGGUACAAAGAGACAAUCAUUCUUUGCUUCAAAAACUGAUGGCAAUCUUGUUAAGAGAAACGCAACUAGCGUUUCUUCGAGUAAUGAAAACUCUGAUGAUGACGAAAGCAAUGAAGAUGAUGAUGACGAUGAUGAUGAUGAGGAGGAAAGCAAAAAUGGUAGCAAAGAAAGUAGUAAAUUAAACACGAGAGCACAUGAUGCAGUUAAACCAUUUAUAAACAAACCGAUAUUGACUCAUUUGACUGGUCAUAAACAUUCCGGUCUUGUUGUGGUGCCUAUUACAAAAUCGAAAGCCAAGAAAGUAACUAAACUAACGGCAGCCGAACCAAAUGACGUCGAUAACGAAGAUAAUGCUAAUUAUACUAGUAAUGACUUCGAAAAAGAUAUUUUUCAUAAAGUAGCGCAAAUUACCAAAAUAGCCGAUAAAGAACAAAAGGUUAAUUUUCUGCAACAAAAACUAAAUCUUUUAAAACAAAAGAAACGUUCUCACAAAGUUAAUCUUGGGAAUGAUGUUGUAGACGUCGAAAAGAUGCCACAACACGCUUCCACCACGAGUGCUUUAGCUAAAGUUUUGUCAACUACUUCUUUAAAAGAGCUGCAUAAAUCAAGCGAGGAGGAUAGCAACGGUGAAAAAGACAAAGAAAAUUUAAACAAUGUUCUUGAAACAUCACAAACAAAUAAACAUUUAAGAGGAGUGAAUGCAAAGCAGCAAGGUUUGUCAUUAUUGAGUAAUCCUGAUAAAUAUCAAGACACAACUCAAACGACGAAACCAGUUCACCAUGUGGAGACUACUCAAGUUCUUGAGUUUACCCACCUGAAAAAAGGUAAAUCACGGUCACACACACCAAGGAAAAAACUGAAUAAAUACAAUGAAGACAUCUAUAGUACAAUAGGAAACAACUUGCAUUCGAAAAAGUCGGAACGCCCUCGACCCAAGUAAAGUUCAACUGAAACAUGCAAUCAUCUUCUGGGAGUAAUAAGAAAUAGUGCAUGUUUUUUUAUGAUAACAACAACUUGAAGACAGACAAUUCCUUGUUUCAUCACAAGACAAUAAACAAAACAUGGUGGAGUUUGAGUUGGGAUCGUAAAAUGUUGAAUUUAUCAGUUCUGUUAAAUGAUGUACACGUUAGGGGAUAAUUAUAAUAUAUUUUCAUACUUGUAAAUUUUGGUUUGUAAAAAUGACCACAAGUUAGAUAGAA